GAACAGGCUGAAUCCCGCCACGGCCCCUGAUGUAGAUGAUUUAUUUUCCCUCCCAAUUGUUCUGCGAAGACUUGGCUGACAAACAAGCAGCAGAAACUGCACACAAUGUGGCACGACAAAAUAAGUUUUUACAGGAGUUGGUGAGAGGCGUACAACUCGGAGCAUUAUAUAAGACUGUCAGCUUAAUAAUGGAUCUGGAGAAAUCUUCUGUUUGGGGGUCGCUGAAACAAAGGACGAAGCCUUUGUUACAAAACCUGAGCGUCAGAAGGACUAAAAAAAGCUCAACUAAACUCAUCGAGAAGCGACAGAUUCAUCCUUUAGAUCGCCGACUCAGCUCCUCGGUGCCCGAUGUGCUGAACAUAGAAACAAAACUUGAAGAAGAGACCCACUAUUCCAGGGCCAAAGCCAUGUCCACUUACUUCCCAAGUGGCUUUUCCGCCACCGAGUUAUUUCUGGAAACCAGUAGUAACUCUUCCACCAGGCAGACGGAGGAAGAAUGGCAAUGGCGGAAGGAGGAGACCGUCCACUUGGAAAUUGGGGUUCGGGAAACGGAGGAGUUGGUGGUUGGUGGACCAGAUUUGGAAGAGAGGCGGAAAUCCAGCGAAGAUUUUUUUGAGCUGCUGCAAAGGAAUACUUUCAACAAUGACCUUACGGAAGAUCCCCUUGAGCAAUCAUAUGGAAAUUCCAGCCUAGACUCCUCAUAUUCUUCUCAGACAUCUGAUCCUACUCUUGAGGGAGCCAAUGAUGGUUUGAGUAAACCCAGUUCCUUUGCAUAUCUGUUGAUGAUACACCUGAAAGAAGGCAGGAACCUGGUCAUCCGGGAUCGCUGUGGUACGAGCGACCCAUACGUGAAGUUUAAGCUGAAUGGAAAAACCCUGUAUAAAAGCAAAGUGGUCUAUAAAAACCUGAAUCCAGUUUGGGAUGAAACCGUUGUGCUUCCAAUACAAUCUUUGGACCAGAGGCUCUGGGUGAAGGUUUAUGACAGAGACUUGACUUCUUCUGAUUUUAUGGGUUCGGCAGUCCUAAUGCUUCACAAACUGGAACUGAACAGGACUACGGAGAGGAUCCUUAAAUUGGAAGACCCAAAUAGCUUGGAGGAUGAUAUGGGUGUGAUUGUGUUGAAUUUAAGACUUGGUGUGAAGUCGGGCGAUAUUAAAAGAAAUCGAUGGCCAAACCGAAGGAGAUGCUCUGUCCCGAAGGCGAGCUUCAUGAGAGCCAGCAGGCUGGUAGACACGCUGCAAAAAAACCAGUUGUGGAAUGGAACAGUUACUGUGGCUUUACUGGAAGGAAGGAAUAUCCCCAUGGGGGGCAUGACCCACAUCUUCGUUUUGUUGAGAAUGGGCCAGGAAAAAUUCAAAAGUAAGACACUGUGCAAGAGCGCAAAUCCGCAGUGGAGGGAACAGUUUGAUUUUCACUACUUCUCUGACAGGAAAGAUGUAUUGGAAAUUGAGAUCUGGGGAAAAGAUAACAAAAAGCAUGAAGAAAUUUUGGGAAUAUGCAAAGCCGAAGUUGGAGGACUCCCUGACAAGCAAGCCAACCGUUUCGAACUGCCCCUGGAGAAGCAGCCUGGUUUCUUGGUCCUGGUGAUCUCCGUGGCACCUUGCUUAGGGGUGUCCAUCUCUGAUUUGUGCGUGUGUCCCCUGGGAGACCCCAACGAAAGAAAGCAGAUUUUCCAACGUUACAGUUUAAGGAACUCUUUCCAAAACAUGAAGGAUAUCGGGUUUUUGCAAGUCAAACUUUUAAAAGCGGUUGAUCUGUUAGCUGCAGAUUUUUCAGGCAAAAGUGAUCCCUUCUGCGUCUUGGAAUUAGGGAACAGCAGACUUCAGAGUUACACUGUUUACAAAAACCUCAACCCAGAAUGGAAUCAGGUCUUCACUUUCCCUAUUAAAGACAUUCACGACAUUCUGGAAGUCAUGGUGUUUGAUGAAGAUGGAGAUAAGCCGCCUGACUUUCUUGGAAAAGUUGCCAUCCCUUUGCUGUCUAUUAAAAACGGACAGCAAAGCUGCUACGUGUUAAAGAAUAAAGAUCUGGAACUUCAAUCAAAAGGCAUGGUCCACUUGGAAAUAGAAGUCCUGUUUAAUCCUAUAAGAGCGAGUGUUAGAACCUUUUCUCCACGCGAGAGGAGAUGCUUGGAAGACAACCGCAAGUUUUCCAAGAAGAUCUUAUCAAGAAACGUGGAUCGGGUGAAAAGAAUCUCCAUGGCAAUCUGGAACACAAUACAGUUCCUUGGAAGCUGCUUUCACUGGGAAUCUCCCCUAAGAAGCUUGAUAGCUUUUGUGGUGUUUGUGACCACCGUGUGGCAUUUUGAGCCCUACAUGGUGCCCUUAGCGUUGCUGAUGCUCUUUGUGUACAACAUCUCCCUGAGCAGUCCUGACAAAGCCUUAAUCAUACAAGACGCCCAGGACUACAUUAUCGUAGAAGAGGACGAGGAUGAUGAUGACAAGGAGUCUGAAAAAAAGGGCUUAAUAGAAAGAAUUCACAUGGUCCAAGACAUUGUUAUAACAGUCCAAACACUUCUGGAGGAAAUAGCAUCUUUUGCAGAAAGGAUAAAAAAUACAUUCAACUGGACUGUUCCUUUCCUCUCUGCGCUGGCUUGCUUGGUGCUCACAAUAGCGAUGAUUGUGCUGUAUUACAUACCGUUACGGUACAUCGUUUUAAUAUGGGGCAUACAUAAAUUUACCAAGAAGCUAAGGAAUCCUUAUGCCAUUGACAAUAAUGAGUUGUUGGACUUCCUCUCCAGGGUCCCAUCUGAUGUUCAGAGGGUGCAACAGGCUGAAUUGAAACCAUACAGCAGUUCCAGUCCCAUUAGGAAGAAAAGGAGCGCCUAGUAGGAUACGAUCCUUGGAAUGCAAGGUGCCCCUUCCGGGAACGCUGCAUACAUGGGCUGCCUCUCCGUGCACUGCCCCCCACCACCUCUCCCCCUCCGCCUUGCAGAUCCGAUCAGUGCUGCCUUCGUUCCAUCCAGGCUUGUCUGGAAGUCAUAUUUGGACUUCAAACACACACACACACAAAGCAAUCAAAGUCAUUUGUAGGAAGCUUGACCUGCCUGGUUUGUCCCUGGAAGACCAAGGGGAAAAAAAGGACUGUUCAUAUCCAGCAUGGCGUUUGAGCGGAGAUCGAAGAACCAAAGCCAGAUGACAUCUUUUCUUUCUUUCUUUCUUUCUUUCUUUCUUUCUUUCUUUCUUUCUUUCUUUCUUUCUUUCUUUCUUUCUUUCUUUCCCCUACGAUGGAAAAGCUGUUUUUAAACUCCCCAUUUUUUUUAUCUGCUGGUUUGUCCCUGACAUAAACUGUUAAAAAAAAACUACGAAAGCCAGAUGGACGCUCAUCCAUGGGUUGCAGAGUCAAAACCCAGGAUGAUUUUGUCUUGUUUUGUAAAAUAGAAAAGUGCCUCUUUUUUAAAACAAACAAACAAACAAACAAAACGAAACUGUUUUUGUUUUGCGUACCAGUUGAACGCUGGAAGAAGAAAAAGAACUCAAACUUUUCAUAGCUUGACUGGAAUUUCUUAGCGUGGAACCUGGAGUCAAAAAUCAUAUGUAAGACUUUAUUAUUUUUUUUCUAUCAUGGGAAGGACUUCUUUCCCUCCACCAUUCUUAAGAGCAAUGCCAAUUUGCUCUUAAAAAGUGGGAAAUGCUUUGAAGGUGAGAAGUGAUAUAUAUAUUUGGCAUUCUGGGCUUUUUUCCACGGAAGAGAAACACAUCAAGAUAUAAAUGGUUUCAUUGCUUGGACAAUGACUGUACAUAGAUGAUUCUGAACUGCAGAUUAAUAGAUCUUUGAAACCCGUUUUCUGUUUUAAAGCACUGCUCAGUUUAAAAAUUCUCAGAACUGCAGAGGAAUGAUCAACAUCUCUUUCCUCCUUCCCCUUCCUUCCUUCCUUCCUCCCUCCCUCCCUCCCUCCCUUCCUUCUCUCCCUUCCUUCUCCCUUCUCUCUCUUCUUCCAUCCCUCCUUCCUUCCACCCUUCUCUCCUCCCUCCCUCCCUUCUCUCCCUCCCUCCCUCCCAUCUCUCCUCCCUUCCUUCCCUCUCUUCUUCCAUCCCUCCUUCCUUCCUUCCUUCUCUCUCUCCCUCCCUUCCCUCCUUCCUUCCUUCCCUCCCUCCUUCCUUCCCUCCCUCCCUCCUUCCUUAUUUCCUCCCUCCCUCCCUUCCUUCCCUCCCUCCGUCCCCCACAGUUUUGGCCAGAGUGAUUGUAUUUAGAAGGAGACUAUUGCUGGCAAUAGACUUCCUUCAAGCCAUCAUUUAACUAUAUUGGUGUCAUUGGAAUCUCCCACAUAUCUCUGCUGUUGCUCAGUUUUGAUUUCCUUUUAGAGCUCCAUCUUUUUGGAGUCUUUGUCUUCUCAUCCUCAAUGCAGGUCAUAAUCCAAUAAUACAUUGAUCAUGCAUAUAUAAAAUACUUUUAUAACUAUAUAGACAGGUGAAAAGCACACGGCAAAAAAUGGAAUGGCUUUGUCUUUAUGUAUUUUUUUAAAAGAAGCUGUUGUAUUUAAAUUGUGCAAUACAAGUUGAGUUUGCUGUAUUGUU